CACGAUAUCCAAGAUGGCUGUCGGCUACAUUCGAUGGGACCAACAGGGCGUCGAGCACGGGGCCGGUCCAAAAGAGGAUGCCAUCAUUCAUGAAAUUGAAAAACAGAUCAAUGAAGCUCAGCAGCGCGUCGUUGACAGCCACCACCAUGCUUUCAGUGGUACCCAUGUCAAGACACACGGAAUCGUUAAGGGCAAUAUGGAGAUCCUUCCCAAUCUGCCGCCCCAUCUCGCUCAGUCAAUGUUUGCCAAGCCCGGAAAGCACCCUGUUGCGAUCAGGUUCAGUUCCGAACCUACUGACCUCACACCAGAUACUGUCCCACAACCAAGAGGUCUGGGCAUGAAGGUUUUCAAUGUCGAGGGCACCAAGCUGCGUCCCGAUGGCAAGGAUCCUAAAACACAGGACUUUGAGUUUAACUCUGCGGCAGCCCUUGAGCUUGCAAACGCAGAGACGUGCCGCGACAUCAUUGGCCUUCGCUUGAAGCACGCUGAUCCUCAAGCUUUGACGAAUGCGCUCAAGCAGCGUCCGGACUUCGAAGCGCAAGACGCACGCAAUCACGUCCCGCUCCAGCACGUCUUUUGCCAGCGCCAGUACAGCCAGUCGGCCUUUCGAUAUGGCGACUACGUGGCCAAGUUCCUCUUGGUGCCGUCCAAAGGGUCAGAGCAGGAAGCUUUCACCGAUCGCCGAUUGGGCGAACAGGACAGUGAAACAGUGGCACUACGACAGGGUCUCAAGGACUUCAUCGAGCAAAAGGAGGCAAAGUUCGACUUUUGUGUCCAGCUGCUCCAGAACCUCGACAAGCAGCCCAUCGAGGAUACUCGGGUAGCAUGGGAUGCAAACGAGUUCCCAUUUGAAAAGGUUGCGACCGUCACAGUCCCUCCUCAAGAUCCAUUCACGCCGAAGCGAGUCAAUUUCUGGAGAGAUGAGAUACGGGUGGACCCGUGGCAUGGCCUCGAGACGCUCAAGCCGCUGGGCUCUAUCAAUCGUGUGCGAAAGGGCGUCUACAAGGCGUCUGCUUCUUUUCGACGGAGGAUGAACGGCGGGAUCAAAGAGGUCACUGUCGAGUCAAUCGACCAGAUCCCGGAUGAGUAGCGGUCCCGAUCUUCCCUUCUUGCUUUCCCGCCUCCUACGGUUAGCGCCUUUUCAUCUUCUCGCUCGCUCUUUUCAAUAUUUCCCCACAUUAUUUGAAUAUGAGUGGCAGGCUUGCUUUGAUGAUUGAAAAAAGAG